UGCUAGAAGCCUUUGAUCUCGCGCCUUGUAUUGUGCGUAGAGAAUAUGCGUUGAUGAAUGAAUGAAUGGGUCCAAGAUCGAUAAAUUUGGGGCUAGCUUGUUGGAGCUUGUUAGGGCGGCGUUCAAGAUUUGUUUCUUAAAAGCUUGCUUCAGAGUUUUCCUGUAGGAUUUUUCACCAACUUUCAGCUGAUGUCACUGUUGUCAUAUUAUAAGUAAUAUUCUAGAUUCAGGCUCCAUCUAGAUGAGUGGGAUUUUAGCGAGAAAACUCGGUAAACUAUACCGCUGAUUUUGAGUUUGAGGCCGAGGCUUUUCUCUGUCCAGGGUUGUUCGGGACCGCGACCGACGGGGGGACGACCGGACGCCUGGCCGCUGGCAAGGGGAGAUUCUGGAAUCUGACUCGGACUUGGCCGAAGAAGAAGCUGAAUUCAAGAUGUUUCCAGGAAGAUUAAAUAACAACUCAAGACCUGAAGUGUUGCGAGAGCUGCCAGUUUCAAGCAUUGACAGCAAUGCUAACAUCGGAAGGACCACCCGAUCUGGUAACUCGAUCGUCAUCACUAUGAGCCCUGAGCGCCCCCCUCGGAUCCCCAUCACUGCAAUGGGAGGAGAGGGACCGUUCUGCUCUCCUGUUCAAUAUCUCUAUGCUACUGGUAGAACCAGGAGGAGACUUCAACUCUAUCCAAACCUGGAUCGCCCUGUCUCACCUACCUUUGAUGACUUCAAGCCCCAGCUGGCCAGCACCCCUGGCCCAUCAUCCCCUUGCAGGUCAUCACCCAGGUCAUCGCCACGGAAACGCAACAUCACCCAGACAUCUGACUAUUACAGUCAUCUUGGCAGUGCAGAGGAGAGUAUUCUUCAAGAGAGUGUGUCGUGGUUGAGGAGAGCCAAGAAAGCAAGGAAGGAGAGGAGGGAGUCUGCGCUUGACCUUGUUAAGCGGUUGAGGGCGCUGUCAGUCGAUCAGCUAGCGACGGUUAUCGGUGAUCUAAUCAAACAACAUCCUGACUUAGAAGAGGAUCUUCAAGACUUGGUCCCUGAGCCUGAUAUAUCAUCGUGUGAGGAAGAAGUAUGUGAGCUGCUUCAUAACAUCUACAGGGCUAUGCCAAGAUCAAGACUAAGCUCAUCACGUGGUGCUUACUCCUACAGACAGGUCAGACUACACAUCAUUAAAUUCAAGAAGGAAUGCAUCCAACAUGGCCGCCAUUUCGUGAAGUGUAAAGCAUGGGAUGCAGCAAUACGAUAUGUGCUGGUUGCCUGGCAACAGGUUCACAAACUCCCUGUCUGGGAGUGCCCUGCCCAUAAUCGUCUCAGGACGACCUCUUACCUCGGACUGGCUGGCGUCUGUGUAGAGGCCCUUAGGAAAGGAGCCUUUAGUCUACAAACAUUGCAAGAGUUCAGACCAAAGAUUGAAGCCAUGGUGAGUUCAGCUCCAGAGAUGGCAGCUUGCCUUCAGAGGUUAGAUAUCAUGACGGAAACCACAUCAGAAGCAUGAUUAGAAUGAGAUAUGGACGCACCCUAGGAAGAGGCUUCAAUACAGAUGUCUUGAGAGAAACGACACAUACAUGCAAGGACUCAUCCAGAGGUUAGUAUGACUGAAACGACAUCUGAAGCGUGAUUGGGAUCACCAUGUGAAUACACCGAAGGAAGAGUCUUACCUACAGAUAUCAUGAAAGAACAAUAUCAGAAGGAUGAUUAAUAUCAAGAUGUGAACACACCCAAGGGACAGCCUAGUGUUGAGAGGUCGGAUAUUUUGACAGUUCGGUCAUCUGAAGGGCACAUGAAACUCCACAUGACACAUCCUAAAUGUUUGAUGCGAUAACAGAGAAAGAAUAUUUGAAGCGUAUAAGGUGAUGGUGUACCCUAGAAAGAAACUUGAUUGCAGAGGUUGGACAAUAGAAACGAUAUCCGAAGCAUAGCUUGGAUUAUGAUGUGAACACAACUUAAUUAGACAAGUCUUCUACACAGGUUGAAUAUUGUGACACUCAUUUUUUCAGAAGUGCAGCUAAAGAGAGAUGGAUUACCACUAGUAUGGAUACCUUGA